AUCAAUUUCUCCAGCUUCUGGGUUUCGAUUGCAUAAGAUUUUUGAUUCUGAGUAUUGUUUUUGCUUGGGAAACAAGGCAGUUGCGUCCUGGAUCACCGGGGAGAAGGUUUCUCCACUGUUUGAGAAACCCUUCACCGACAAAAGAAGACAUAAACAAUGGCGGACUCGCCGGUGGAUUCACCUCCUGCCCCUGAAACAUCCAAUGGGACACCGCCCUCAAACGGGACAUCGCCGUCCAAUGAGUCAUCGCCGCCAACACCACCUUCUUCACCACCACCAUCAUCAAAAUCUGCUCCUCCGCCAGACAGCUCCGCUUCUUCUUCACCGCCGCCUGCACCACCAACGCAAGAAACCUCACCUCCUCCAUCUUCAUCCUCUAAUCCGCCUGCUGUAGUUAAUCCGCCACCGCAAACUCCAGAGAAUCCUUCUCCACCUGCACCUGAAGGCUCAACUCCGGUAACCCCACCAGCACCACCACAAACACCGUCGAACCAAUCACCACCUUUAGAAAGACCAACUCCUCCUUCUCCUGGUGCCAAUGAUGACCGAAACAGAACCAAUGGCGGAAACAACAACAGAGACGGCUCCACACCUUCACCACCAUCUUCCGGGAACAGAACUUCCGGUGACGGUAGCUCACCUUCACCACCACGGUCAAUAAGCCCUCCUCGGAAUAGUGGAGAUUCAGAGUCAUCAUCGGGUAAUCAUCCACAAGCCAACAUUGGAUUGAUUAUUGGAGUCCUUGUAGGAGCAGGGCUUUUGCUUCUACUUCUAGUGUGUAUUUGCAUCUGUUGCAACAAGAAGAAGAAGAAAAAAUCUCCUCAGGUCAACCACAUGCACUACUACAAUAACAAUCCUUAUGGAGCACCCUCAGGUAAUGGUGGUUAUUACAAGGCAACACCUCAGGAUCAUGUGGUAAAUAUGGCUGGUCAAGGAGGUGGGAAUUGGGGUCCACAGCAACCUGUGUCUGGUCCUCACAGUGACACUUCCAACUUAACUGGUCGAACUGCUACACCGUCACCUCAAGCUGCGACUCUUGGUCACAACCAAAGCACUUUCACCUACGAUGAAUUGUCCAUUGCAACAGAAGGUUUCGCUCAGUCAAAUUUGUUAGGACAAGGAGGAUUUGGGCUUUUGGUUUAUGAGUUUAUACCUAAUAACACUCUUGAAUUUCAUCUUCACGGAAAGGGUCGUCCGGUUUUGGAUUGGCCUACACGAGUGAAGAUUGCAUUGGGAUCAGCUAGAGGUCUUGCAUAUUUGCAUGAAGACUGCCAUCCUCGCAUUAUCCAUAGAGAUAUCAAAGCUGCAAACAUUCUUCUUGAUUUCAGUUUUGAAACCAAGGUUGCAGAUUUUGGAUUAGCUAAGCUAUCUCAAGACAACUAUACUCAUGUCUCCACUCGCGUCAUGGGAACUUUUGGAUACUUAGCUCCAGAGUAUGCAUCAAGUGGAAAGUUAUCCGACAAAUCUGAUGUUUUCUCUUUCGGAGUAAUGCUUCUUGAGCUCAUAACCGGACGACCUCCUCUGGAUCUAACUGGAGAAAUGGAAGACAGCUUGGUUGAUUGGGCAAGGCCUUUGUGUUUGAAAGCAGCUCAAGAUGGAGAUUACAGCCAAUUGGCAGAUCCGCGUCUAGAGCUAAACUACAAUCAUCAAGAGAUGGUUCAAAUGGCUUCUUGUGCAGCUGCAGCAAUCAGACACUCAGCAAGAAGACGGCCUAAGAUGAGCCAGAUUGUACGAGCACUAGAAGGAGAUAUGUCAAUGGAGGAUCUAAGUGAAGGAACAAGACCGGGACAAAGCACGUAUUUGAGCCCCGGAAGCGUGAGCUCGGAGUAUGAUGCAAGCUCUUACAGUGUAGACAUGAAAAAAUUCAAGAAAUUGGCGUUAGAGAAUAAAGAAUAUCAAAGCAGUGAAUAUGGUGGAACAAGUGAGUAUGGCUUAAAUCCUUCUGCUUCAAGUAGUGAAGAAAUGAAUAGAGGCUCAAUGAAACGCAAUCCUCAGCUUUGAAAGAACACAACAGUUCUCAUUAUAUUUUCACUUUUCUUCUCUGUUUUUCUUUCAUUGUUUGUUUCAUUUUGCGUCAAAGAUCUGCAGUUUUUGACAGUCACAAAUUCUGAUGUUUUUAGGAGUAUAUAUUUUUGACCAAAAGAGAUUAGAGUGUGGUUUUGUUGAAAUGUUUAGUACAAAGCCUUAAUCCAUACCAAGUUAUGGUGGAAUUUAUAAUGGAUAUGCAUUAUCAAGAUUGUUUAUUAUUGGUGUUGUAUAUAAUGAUUCUAAAAGUAAUACGGUUAGGUGAAUCUUUUGUUACCGUUGUGAUAAAUUUCUUUUUUGUUUUUGCAACUCAAAUAAGAAAAGGAAACAAUAGAAAAUUUCCUUUUUU